AAAUCCUAAAAACAAACCAAACCACAACUUCGCAACUAAAAUGGAGGUUCCUGAUCCGUCCUUCGUGACGCCGCCCUACGCGCCCCAGAGCUCCGUUGACGUUGCAACUUCGACUGCAGUAUUGCCAAACGCUGUUAACCCAGCCACCACAGUUUCAGCUUCCGGUAACCCCGCUACCAAACCCAAGAAAAAGCGCAGCCACACGACCCCAACCAGAGACCGUGAGCGUCGCGAGCUCCUUGCGCUGCGUGUAGAGUCUGUAGAGCUCGAAGAGCAGUUACAACAGGCUCGAGAGCAUCUUGCAGCUAUCAGGAAGACACGCCUGGAGAAGAUCGUGUCUAGCAGCAGCAGAAUCGUUAGUACAGUGCCGGCUUGGAGACACAUCGCACGACGGCAUUUAAAGGCUCGACAAGAAGCUGAAAAAGAAAACCGACGACUGAGAGAGCAGCUAGCGGAGCACCUCAAGUGGAGCAAUGCUUUGCAAGCUAAAGUGAACCAGAGAGGGGGCGGUGGAGAUGAAAAUUCGACGCGUGCGGCGGCUACGGCCGCUGCACUUGGAACCGUAGCGAAUCCGCUGCUCUUGGCCGAAGAUGAAGAAGGGAUUACAGAUUUGGAACUAGAAUUAGACGAUACAGAUAGAGCAGAGCUGGAUAUGCUGACCAAUGGACUAGAUCUAGCAUUCUCUCGAGUGGAUGAUGUGUUCAAGGAGCACUCAGUGAGCGGAGUGCCACAAGGAGCUGUGUCUGGGAGCAGGACGACGCUCGACGGAAAACCGGACGAUGGAAUGUCAACAGUGGAGCUGAGAGAUACGAGAGUGAUCCCGUUUGACUUCAAAUUGGUCAUCGAUGCUGCGUGGAAUGCGUGGGUGUUGUGGCAUCUCGGAGGAAGCUGUCGGAAGAGCGUGUCGGCGCAUCGGAGCUGCUCGUAUCCCGAUGUAUCGAGGCCGGAACAUACGUUUGCUGUCAAAUUUCGUCUCCAGACUCCAGCGUCGAAGCUACCACCUGAUGCUGCUUCUACUUUUCUAGAUCUGAAGCUUGUAUUGAGGAGAUAUGUGGAGCAGACUCGCUUGGUCUUGAUAUGGCGGGGACUCUCAGCAGGCGAGAACGACCUUGACGGUCUGUUCACAGAUGAAACAGGAUGGGUUGUUCUCGAACAAAUGGCUCCAUUUCAAGAGGGUGAAGGUGAUACCGGUGCAGCAGCAGCCAGGACAUCCAUGAGGUCGUGUGUGCGCAUGACACCGAAACGUGCAGAUGAUUGUGAAGCAACUCCAGCACAGGCACGUAUCUUGACGAAUCUUGUUGUAAAUUCCUAUGAAGAAGAUGUCAGCUUCAUUUAUCGAGAGAUGGAAGCGCAAUUACUGCGCAUAACAAGACAUGUUUGAAAGUCCAAAGUAAGAAUUUUAGAAUAUCCAGGUUUCUAACUCAUCAC